AGGUUUGGCAACCGCGAUGCGUGUGAAGAGAGACGGCUAGGGUGUGGAGUAGCACCACUGAAGUGCACCAGUCGUUCGUAUCAUUUUCCGAAUCCUUUUACUGUGGUUAUGGUGAAUGACGAUUAUAGCAUGCAAUGACUUUGCACCAGUGGAUACAUCCGCUUUAGUUUAUUUGCUUGCUUUAUACAUUUUUCCGCUUUAAAUGAAUGGCAUGUGCAUUUUGCGAGGCUACUUGAUGUGCCAUCGGGAGUGAGUGGUUUUGGCAAUAUGUGUCGCUGGAAUAUGGUAUGCACUCUCAGAGUUUAUGGAAUAUAGCCUGGUUUGUCACAAUCUGUAUGCGUUCUCAUUCAGCCCGGUGAAAAAUAAACUCUUUCUGCUCGGCAUCAUGUUUUUACUCUGGGUAUAUAUGCUCUACUCCUGCGUGGGCUACUGUGCCACCAUGCCAAGUUUGGUCGUGGACAAUUACCGGGGAAAGGAGACAGGGUCUGUGGUCGGUAAAAGGAUAGAGAAUAACGGCAGAGUGGACCUCAUGUCCAGACUGCUCCCUAGACCCCAACCCUGGGUGGAUAUAGAAUCCGAUUACGACGAACCCUCUGUCCGGACCUCCUCCAGAGACUUGCUCAAUAACGAUAUAGACGCGUACAGAGGAGCGGAGGACUGGGACGAGAUUAGGGGCGAGGGGCAGAGAGCUCCUGAGCCCGGUGCGAUGUCAAGUUUCUCCAACGGAUCAGGGAGCAAGAAGCUUCCCCAGGCGAUCAUCAUCGGCGUAAAGAAAGGAGGGACGCGCGCGCUGCUCGAGUUCCUCCGCGUGCAUCCAGACAUCCGAGCUGUGGGAGCCGAACCGCACUUCUUCGACCGCAACUACGAGAAUGGACUGGAGUGGUACAGGGAGCUGAUGCCCAAGACCCUGGAGGGCCAGAUCACCAUGGAGAAGACCCCCAGCUACUUUGUGACCAGAGAGGCCCCGGCCCGGAUCUCCGCCAUGUCCCGGGACACCAAGCUUAUUGUGGUGGUGCGGGACCCCGUCACCAGGGCCAUCUCUGACUACACACAGACGCUGUCUAAGAACCCCGAUAUUCCCACCUUUGAGAGCCUGACCUUCAAAAACAGGACUACGGGGCUCAUCGACACAUCCUGGAGCGCCAUCCAGAUCGGCAUCUAUGCCAAGCACCUGGACAACUGGCUGCAGUACUUCCCCAUGGGUCAGAUCCUGUUUGUGAGCGGAGAGCGUCUGAUCAGCGACCCGGCCGGAGAGCUGGGCCGGGUGCAGGACUUCCUGGGACUCAAGAGGAUCAUCACUGACAAACACUUCUACUUCAACCAGACCAAGGGCUUCCCCUGCCUCAAGAAGGCUGAGGGCAGCAGCAAGCCCCACUGCCUGGGCAAAACCAAAGGGCGGACCCACCCCAACAUCCACCCAGAGGUGGUGCAGAGGCUACGGGACUUCUACAGACCUUUCAACAUGAAGUUCUACCAGAUGACAGGACAUAACUUUGGUUGGGAUUGAUGGAUGUGAAUUUGGGAAGACACCUUGUUUUUUUUCUCUCUCUGUAAUUCAAUGAAUGGCAAAAAAAAGACAUGCGAGAUAUUGCUAUAUAUAUAUGUAAAAUGUACAGAAAUCUAUUUUAUAAUAAUUUAUUUUUAUUUCUAAGCAAUUAAUUCACUAAGCUGCCUAACCAUAUUGUACAUACAUAGCAUCUGGCCCACAUUUAUUUCCUAGUUUUUUUUUUUACAUUCCACAUUUUAUUUUGUUUCUUUCUUCUUCCCUCAUGUCAACUCAGUAGAGUU